AUGAGCUGGAAAGGCCUGACCAAGAGCGUCACCCGGGCACCACAAACCUUCAAGCAAAAGUUCAACCUUGGCGAGAUCACCAAGGAUGCCAUUUACAUCGAUGCCGAGCGCCGCUUUCAGGAGCUGGAAAAGGAGACCAAGAAGCUGCACGAGGAGUCCAAGAAGUACUUUGAAGCCAUAAAUGGCAUGCUCUCACAUCAAAUCGAGUUCUCAAAAGCCAUCGCCGAAAUCUACAAGCCUAUUUCCGGCCGCAUGUCCGACCCCGACUCGUUCCACGACGAAGGCAACGCCGCCGGUAUAGAAGCUUGUGAAGAAUACGAGUCUGUCGUCAAAGAGUUGCAAGAGACACUCAAGCCCGAACUUGAGAUGAUAGAAACCCGCGUGAUCCGCCCAGCGGACGAGCUAUUAGUAAUCAUCAAAGCCGUACGCAAGAUUGCCGCUAAGCGCGAUCACAAGCAACUCGACUACGAUAGGCACCGUGCCGGGUACAAAAAGCUUGAAGAGAAGAAGGACAAGACAUUGAAGGACGAGAAGGCCAUGUACCGCGCAGAAAACGAUCUCGAACAAGCGACACAGGAUUUCAACUACUUCAAUGACCUACUCAAGGAAGAACUGCCUAAGCUCUUCGCAUUGGAGCGCGAGUUCAUCAAGCCUCUGUUCCAAUCCUUUUAUUACAUGCAGCUGAAUGUGUUUUACACAUUACACGAGCGCAUGCAACGGCUUGACAUUGGCUACUUUGACCUCACACUCGACAUCGAGGCGGCGUACCAGAAGAAGCGUGGGGACAUUCAGGAACAAGCAGAGAAGAUAUCAAUUGUCAAGUUCAAAACCACUGGCGGAGCACGGGUGGCAGGGGCAAAGCCGGGCCAGUCCAAGUACGCAGCAAAGGCACUUGAAGCCAAGGCGGGCCGAAGUUCGAUAUCUGAAGACGCGGAAGCGCCGCCGCCAUACAGCCCGGGACCUACAGCGGCCACUGGCGAUAUCAAGUCGCCCACGCUAUCAUCUGGUUCAUGGGGAUCUGCCGCCAAGGCUAAGGGUGCUGCACCGCCACCGCCAAAGCCGAAGCCUUCACGUCUGAGCGGAGUGCCCGCGGCUGAGACGGUCACAGCGUUAUACGACUAUGAGGCUCAAGCAGAAGGCGAUUUGAGUUUCCUGACUGGCGAUGUUAUCGAGAUUGUUUCGCGCACACAGAACGAGAAUGAAUGGUGGAUUGGCAAGGUGCGGGGGAAGCAGGGACAAUUUCCAGGAAACUAUGUCAAACUGAACCACUAGGCGAGGCUCAGUCCACCUCCUCCUUUACGGCUGCGGGGCCACACUUGCUGAAGCAUGUCAUCUUUAUCAUGAUUCGGGUUUCUCAUUCACCACUUUUGCGUUAGACAUGAGCGGUCUUUUGUACAGCACAUUUCCAAUUUUAGUAUUCGGAGUAAGCCUGUAUUAUACUCUGAAACAUAUUCAACAGUCUCCAUGUUCAGUGCUCCGCAGUUCAGAUCGUCCGAAAGAAGCGGGGAUUAUGCCGCGACACCCCGCAUGACGUUGGUCGGAGGUCUUCGAGACCCGCAGUCCGUACCCAUCAGCUCGGGAAAACGUGUCCAGGGUAGUCUUAAACCAU